AUGGGCCGUCUUGAUACCACGCUUCCGCCCCGGGGCCCCAUCACUGAGUGCCACAACUCGGAGUCCUACAGCCGCAGGGAGCUCAUGAAUCCGGCGGGCUACGCUAAUCACGAGACCUACCUGUGGCAGCUGGACCAGUCGGCACUGGAUCGGACCGAGUUCCUCGCGCAGCCUCAGGCGCACCACCAGCACCUGGACGUGGGAUGCGGCACCGGCGGUUUCACCUUCCGUGCCCUCCAGCCGCUUAGCCGCCCGGCUAGGAGAAUCAUGGGCGUCGACGUGUCCCCUUCGAUGCUAGAGUUCGCUCUCCGCCACAACAGCCAAGGAUCUAUUGCCUACGAGCUCCUGGAUAUCGCCUCGCCUACGGAAGUGUCCGCCUUCGUCACCAAGAAUGGACAGUUCCAGCGUGUCUACUCCUUCCUCUGUUUCCACUUGGUGCCGGACCAGACGGUCGCAUUCCGGAACAUUAGCAACUUGAUGGCGGCCGAUGGUGAAUGCCUGGUCACAGCUGGCGUCACCAACCCGGCCUUCGACGCCUGGCUGGAUAUUCACGCCAUGCCUGAGUGGAAGCGUUAUGUUACCGUGAUGGCCGCUAGCUCCUACCAAACGUAG